AUGCGAGAAAAAGUUUGGUUCCCCUUAAUUGAUUCACUUGUAAAAUCUGCUAUCGACAGCUGUAUACCAUGCCAAGCCACUGGACGUCCAAAACCACCACAACAUCUGUUAAUGCGCGAAAUACCCAAGGAGAACUUUGACACUGUAUACAUUGACUUUUUGGGUCUGUUACCAAGUGGAGAAACACUCUUUGUCCUAAUAGAUGGACGCUCCCGAUAUCCGGUAACAAAAAUUAUAAAGAAAACGGAUGCUCCUCACCUAAUUCAAUGUUUAGACGAGAUCUUUGCCACAUUUGGAUUACCAAAAAAAGUUAUCUCGGACAAUGGUCCACCGUUUCAGAGCAAAGAAAUAAAGAAAUUCAUGGAUGACAAUGGCAUUCAACACAAAACAAUCACUCCAUUAUGGCCAGAAGCAAAUGAAAGCGAAACUUUCAUGAAACCACUGAUGAAAGCCAUUCGUACUGCUCAUCUGCAAAAGCAAAACUGGCGCCACACCAUGCAGGAAUUCUUAUUAAAUUACAGAGCUACUCCCCAUACCACAACUCAAGUUGCACCGGCCACACUCAUGUUUGGUGGGAACACCCGCACAAGAUUACCUCAGACUGACACUAAAACCGACAAGAAUGCCCUUGAUCAUUCCGUCGAACAACGCGAUGAAGAACAACGACAACGCAUGAAAGAAUACGCAGAUCGACGGAGACAAAGUAAGACGACAACCAUGAAUAUUGGUGAUUAUGUACUCGUAAGACAACAAAAGCACAACAAAUUUACCCCGAAUUUUGAUCCCAAACCGCUACGAAUAAUCACAGUAAAAGGAACAAUGAUUACUGCAGAAAGACCAGGAUUCGCUAUUACUAGAAACCAAUCGUUUUUCAAACCUAUUAAAACAACUGGGCUGUCUUCUGAAGAUGAGGAGGAAAUGGAAGAUAGUGAUGAACAUGAAGAACAACGUGAUAUUGGAGACAAUGAAAAUAACAACAAUCACAACCGAGAUGAACAACAAAAUCUAGAAUGA